AAGGCAGCUUAAUGCUGAACGAAACCCGUGCUUGCUGCAGUCCUGCAGCUGUUUGCAGCUGCUCCGAGCUUGCCCCAGUGUGUACAGUCUCCGCAUCUCAGUUGUUCAACAGAGGCAACUGUUAGAGUUGCUGCAGAGUUUGCAUCACCCCCUGGUUCUCAACGGCAACAAAAGUGAAACUGUCUCAGCAGGCCCAAGUGUUCCUUCAGAAACAGCUGAUGGCAGGAGAAGAUUAGGCUUGGGCAAUCGAGGAGGCAACCUCAGUCUCCUUCAGAGAGGCUGCUGGUCGAGACAGUGGUGUGCAACAAAGGGAGAGACUGUCUGAGAACAUUGUGUUUGCCCCGUCACAGAGGACAGCUGAUGUCGUCAGGCAAUUAAUAAUGGAGAAACAUUGACACAGGCAAGAGAUGAAGACAUAUAGGAUAUGCUCCUUGGAAAUUCAUUGCCAAACCUCUCUGUAGCCACAGCUGCUGGACUGUGGUACGCACACAGGAGUCUGGACCAGCACAGGUUCCCUGCCCUCAUCAAUCUUUCCUCCCCUCCUUCAGACCACUUUAACUUCAACCUCCGUAGCUCUGCUCCGUCCUUGCAAGCGAGCUGCAUCGAUGGACAGGCAUCUGUACAAGCGUCUGUGAAGAAGACCCUACGUCCCUGCUCACCAUGAGGUCGGUGACCUUCCUCAUCCUCUCAGUGCUGACGGACCUGUGUGAAGCCACCUUCCCUGACGACAGUGGUCCUCUCACCACUGGCCCAGUGAACCACGUGAAACAUAUCGUAGUGUUUGUUGGCAACGGAGCUGGAGACGGCACCAAGCCCACAGAGAUACUGGAUGUACAACGGAUACUGAGAGUGAACAGGACGCUCUUCAUUGGAGGAAGGGAUCACCUUUACAGUGUGGAUCUGGAUGCACCAGCGACAGACGAGAUGGUUUAUAAUACAAAACUGGCAUGGAGAUCGAAUCAACACGACAUUGAUGUCUGCAGAAUGAAAGGCAAGAACGAGGCAGAAUGUCGGAACUUUAUUAAAGUCCUUCUGAAGAGGAACGACAGCAUGCUUUUCAUCUGCGGGACAAAUGCGUACAAUCCCGUGUGCGCCAACUACACUAUGGACAGACUGGAAGCUCUCGGACCAAGUAUCAGCGGGAUGGCCCGUUGCCCCUACGAUCCCAAACAGGCCAACGUUGCUCUCUACGCUGACAAUAAACUCUUUACUGGGACUGUCACCGAUUUCCUAGCGAUCGACGCAGUGAUCUAUCGCAGCCUGGGAGGUCGACCGACUCUGCGGACAGUCAAACACGACUCCAAAUGGUUCAAAGAGCCGUACUUUAUUCAUGCAGUGGAAUAUGGCCGUCAUGUUUUCUUCUUUUUCCGAGAAAUCGCUAUGGAAUUUAACUACCUGGAAAAGGUGGUUCUCUCUCGAGUGGCUCGUGUCUGCAAGAAUGAUAUGGGUGGGUCCCAGCGAGUGCUGGAGAAGCAGUGGACAUCCUUCUUGAAGGCUCGCUUGAACUGUUCCGUACCGGGAGACUCGCACUUCUACUUCAAUGUUCUUCAGGCGGUGACCGACACCAUCCGGAUUAAUGGGCACACUAUCGUACUCGCCAUAUUCUCCACUCCAUCCAACAGCAUUCCUGGGUCGGCCAUCUGUGCCUUCGACAUGGAGCAGAUUUCCAACAUUUUUGACGGCCGUUUCAAGGAGCAGAAAUCCCCAGAAUCUAUCUGGACGCCAGUUCCUGAGGAAUUAGUCCCAAAGCCAAGACCUGGCUGCUGUGCGGAACCAGGAACAAAAUACAACUCCUCUAAUGGGUUUCCUGACGAGAUGUUGAACUUUGUAAAGACUCACCCGUUGAUGGAUGACACAGUUCCUUCGCUGAACCAUGGGCCAUGGAUCAUAAAGACUACCAUCAAGGAUCGCCUGGACAAGAUCGUGGUGGACACCGAGGCUGGCCCCUUUAAGAACCACACUGUGGUAUUCCUGGGAUCUGAAACCGGCAUUAUUCUCAAAUUCCUCAUUAGACCAACUACAAGUACAGACUUUGUCAAUCGAAGCUUAUUCCUCGAACAUUUUGAUGCUUACAGCCCAGAGAAGUGUAACACCAAAGGGCGAGAGCAGCGCAGGAUAGUGAGUAUGGAGCUUGACAAGAUGAGUGGAACCGUAUUGGUGGCAUUCUCCUCGUGUGUUGUCCGAGUUGCCUUUGCCCAUUGUCAGCAACAUGCUGCCUGUAUGAAGAGCUGUGUUGGCACGCGUGACCCAUACUGUGGCUGGAUUGGAGAUGGACAGUGUGCCUAUUUGGAGCCAGGAACCAGCAUUCCGUUUGAACAAGACGUUGAGCACGGAAACACGACGCACUUGGGUGACUGUGAGGGCCUGAUCCAUGAGAGUUUUGUCGAGGAGCCCAAUGGCCUGGUUUCCGUCAACCUCCUGGUGAUCUCAGCCAUUGCUGCCUUUGUGAUCGGAGCAGUCAUCUCUGGGUUCAGCGUCUGUUGGUUCAUUGGUCACCGGGACAAAAAGGACAUGGCCAGGAGGAAGGACAAGGAAACUAUCCUUUCUCACAGUGAGUCGGUGGUCAGUGUAACCAAGCUGGGUGGCAUGGUGGAGCGCCGGUCCAGAGAGCAGCCGGAAACCCUGCUCGCCCCACUCAUGCAGAACGGCUGGUCAAAGACCCUGAUGAAAACCAACCAACAUCACCUGGAUUCCACAGUCCUGCCAACGCCAGAACAAACGCCACUGCAGCAGAAACGCAGCGCAGGAAUGCGGAGCUGUGAGUGGGAUCAGAACCUGAUUAACGCCAGUCUGAGAGAGACGUCCUGUGCCGGGUCACCAAUGAUACUGGUCGACUCCACUCAUCACCUUGGCAACGUGCGGGUCAUCCCAACCUCCCGACAUUCCUUCCACCGGGAUAAGGAGCUGGUGAGUGAGAGUACAGACAUCAUGGACAACCAUUACCUUUCCCACAGCAUGAGAGGACAGCUAGAGAAUGCAGGCUCUCAUUACAGGUCAUCACUCGGUGGCAAUGGAGGCAACCAUGCCUUUGUGGAAUACUCAAUCUCUCCACAUAACAGCCCCAAGAGAAGAAGAGACACGUCAACACCUGUGUUGCCACAAGACUAUAUUGGGGAUGACCCGACAUGUUCCACGCAGUGGAAUUACGAGAAAGCUAAUGCACCCAUACCUUCACAACAAGUGAGGAGUCAAACAUUUAACAGAGGGGACAGUUCAGCUGCUCUGCAGAGAAAGGAGCCAGUGACUGUGCAUCACGUACAUCUCCAUCAGCCAGUCCAGUCCAUCACUGGCCAACCAGACAUCGCAACCUUCAAACCACCAAAAAAGUCAGGCGUAGAAAGGACACCUUCAGCAAAAUGAGACACAUUCUGCUUUCCUAUUUCUUCAUUAAUCUUUGUGAAAAUGUGUGACAAAUAUUUAAAAGCAAACGUUAACUACUUGAGGGAAAACUGGGCAAGGAGACAACAGCGCUCCUUAAACAAAGACAUGUCCUCAAAUUUAUCAAAUUAUUUUCUUUGCAAAAAAAGUACAUGAGCUUCAGAAGGAUGUGGGGGAGAAUAUUACCGAGCAAUCUUACUGGAUUUCUCUUUAUUGCUGCCUCUUCAGGAGCCAUAAUAACUGAGAAAAAUUAUCCAGGAAUUUUAAUUAGCAAUUAUUCACAGCAAGAUUUUUAUUAUUGCUAAUCUAAUAAAACAAAUCCCAACUGCACAAGAUACUGACUGUGCACUUCACAAAAUCAUUAGACUCUCAUCUAAGUUUCUAAAGUUGAUUUACUAUUACUUUAUAUCAUUGCUGAAACAGAUUCAGCACAAUGCUAUGUCUGGACAAGCUACACUGGGCUUAAUUUCACAUUUAUGCAGAUUUGAUUAACAGCCAUGUAUCAGAAUCCUAGAUUGAUACAGCACUUCUGGUCAAACAAACCCUCUCAACCUUUUCAACAGAAUAAUUUAUUUACACCCAUUUUCUUGCUUUUCCCUAAAUCAAUAUUCUUCAUCAAAUUUCUUUUGAAGACUUGUUGAAUCUGCUUUUUUUUAAAUCUUCUCAGAUAGUUCACGUCCGGUCCUGGCAACACACUGCACAAAUGAUGUCUUCCUCAAGCCUCGACUUGUUCUAUUGCCAAUGACCCCAUGCUCAAAUCAUCCACGUUCCCACCCUGCUAACAAAGGAAACAAUUUCUCCAUUUUGGUUGUGAAAAUCCCUCAUAACUGUGAACAAAUCUCUUAGCUUUCUCAUCCUACAGCUCAUUUGUCCCUCCAAUAACUGAGGUUCCCCAUUCUCAGUACCAGUCCUCUAUGACUCCUUUAAAGCUGUGACACCCGUCCUCACAAUUAGCAGCCAAAAUUGGCCGUAGAAUGUCGGGUCUGACCAGUUAAUCAAAACUUCCAUUCUUUAGUGUGCUCUUUAUAAAGCCAAGGAUCCUGAAAGCAUUUUGAUAAACCUGGCCAUCUUCAGAGAUCUGUGGAGAUAAACCCUCAUAGCUGUCUGUUCUUGCACUCCCUGUAAAAUUGUAUUUACAUGGUAACAUUGAUAUUAACAUGCCCCAUGUAUUGCUACCCACUAAUAUGAUUCAAUAUUGGACACCAUUCAAAUAAAGUGAGUUAUGGGGAGAAGGCAGAAAUGUUGAGAGGAAAAGAUAGAUCAGCCAUGCUGAAUGGCAGAGUAGACGAUGGGCUGAAUGGCCUAAUUCUGCUCCUAUCACUUAUGAACAGGAGAUAUAUAUUCCAAAUCUCUCCUGCUGCCCUUUUCUCUUCUGAUUUGAAUUGCCCAGUGAAUGCUUGUCUUGAAGACUGUAGGAGCCACAAGGGAGUUCAGUUUCCCUCUCAUCUGGGAUUAGAUAAUAUUAUUG